AUGAAUCCAGCACGGGUAUCAUCUGCAUCAGUCAAUGCAGAGACGGGGAGGAAGACCACCGUAAAAGAUGGAGGGACAUUGGAACACGGUCUCGAGGACUCCAGUCGCCAAAAGCCACAACCCGCUCCAUCACAGCCUGUGGAGUCGAAGAUCGUCCGAUUGAAGCUCACCAUGCCAAGGCCACCAAAGUCUAAGACCCAAGAAGUGGAUUGGGACGAAGAUCUUCGGCCCACACCCAAUGAGUUACUUGAGAGCAAACAAGCUCAGGGAAGAACAUCGGCUGCCGAUACGGCUUCGAAACACCCAAAGACCGUUGACAAGAACAAGGGAAGCAAGCGAGCCAUGCCACCCAAGGCACGAACAACCUCAGCCAAACGAAGGAAGUCAAAUAACACGAGGAAGAGCAACACUGCCAAGACAAGGAGAACAAAAGGGCUGCAGUUGCCAUUGGUCACACUUGCUGCAAGCACUGUGCCUACGGCUCCUCUGGCCGAUGAUGGGUCCUCUCGUGUGGAAAACUUGGAUGAGCGCAGCAAAGAUAAUGCCACGAAAGGGAAUAAGCGCGCGUGUGAUGUCUCUAAGCAACCUUUGUCACCAACAGAUGGGAAUGGUCGGAAGGUAAAAGACACUGGGAACCAUGCGAUAGUAAAGAAGAGUAGCUGCACAUCGGUGACAACUGGUUCAUCUUCGGAUCUCGAGACUGAUGGCAAAGUCAGUAUCCUGCAGCACCGGGCUCAAUCCAACAGACAACCGAACAUGGGCACAUCUGCUAGUGUGAUGCCUGACGUAUCCUCGAGUUCCGACGGCAUUUUCACGGAAACAAGUCGAACAGCGGCGACUUCAAAGCUCACAAUCAGGGAGUCAAGGGCACUAACCAAGAGAGGACGCAAAGAGGCCAAGGCCAUUCAUAGAAACAGACAUCCCGGGAAACGCGGUAGAGCAGAGAGUGUUGGCGGCAAAUUGAUGCUUGCGCUACAUGGAGCAGAAAUUGCUUCUCAGCAAAAGCCGGACAAUAAACAAGCUGAGCUUUUCAUCAUCUCGUCUGAUCCAGUACCGCCCGAGGAUUCUCCCAAGAAGCAAGAGCCUGACCAGGCGCCGAACAGCAUGAGGCAGUCAAAGAUUGAACGAGAACUAGACCGAACAAUGCCAGUUGAAACACAUCAACACCGUGCUGAGCCUGAAACAGUCAAUCCAGCACUACUUCACAAGGCGCUCUCACCCAAGAUGCAGGACAUGAACCGGACACAUGAAACCAAUCUCUUGGAUUCGGAUCAGACCAAGAGAUCCCCUACACAUUGUUCUUCAGACUAUGAGAUCGGCAGAAGCCUGAUAGACACCGGCCCUUCGAUCCUCGACUACCACUUGGAAAUGGAAAACAUCUCCGGAUUUGCAGCCCUGCAACCCCUCAGAUCUGAGCCGACUACGCCUUCACACGUCAGUAACAUCUGCGAAAGCCCGGCAAAUAGCUCGUCCGGAAGCCCGAAUGUAGAAAAUUUGGCUGAUUUCGCAACAUCACGGAUCGAGGAACGUGAAUGUAGCCACACUUCGGAGUCUCAAAAGCCUCUUCUUCGUAACGACGCCCUGAUAGAACUCAUUUUAGAGUCUCCUCAGCCUCCAAAAUCAGGCUUGAAGACCAGCAUCGUCGAUAGCAACGGCAGUCCUCGACUCAUGACUCAGUCAGCUAAGAGUAUGACAGCGCCUCGACUUGGCCUGAAGGGCGAACGGUGUGACGAAGACGAAGCCAGUCUCGUCAACGCCAGUACCAGCGAGUACGAUCGUGACCUGUCUGAGGUUUCUGUUGAGAGUCGAUAUGAGAGGCGCCUGUGGACCAAGUUUCAGAGAGACAUGUUCAUGCAAUAUGGGAUCAAAACGACCAGAUUGGAGAAGUCUCCAUGGCCACCGCAUCCAAUGCAGCCGCCAUCGUAUUCUCAGCGUGAUACUGCUAGAAAGGAGGCCAGCCGCGAGACAUCCUUAACGAAUGGGGGAAGCUCUUCGCAACGAACGAUGGACGAAAGAGCCCUAGGAGGAGUUCCUGCAAGGGAGCAUGGGCAUCUCGACCAAUCAUUUCGCACUGAGAUGUCGGCUACCACUGAGAAUUUGCAGCGCUCCACGACGGACGAUCCGGACCCAUCGGAGUGGAUAUCGUCCCUACAAGUGGCGCAGAAGGAUGCACACAAUUUACUCAGACAGACCAAUUUGCAUCUUUCAACUCAGCUGGCGGCGGAAAAGGCUACUAUCAGCCGAGUACUCGAAAUCUACCGGGAAGGGUGCAGUCGCAUUCUGGACGACCUAUUCCAAGCACAAGAAGCUCGAAUGCAGCUGUAUCAACAGCAAAUGCAGGCUGUCAAAGAGCAGCACGCCGAUAUCUGUCAAGAAAUGGUUCGAGGAUUGCAAGACCUCGACCGUCGGGUGCAACAAGGGCCCAUUUGA